AUGGGUGAUUGGUCCAUUCUUGGCCGCUUCUUAACUGAGGUGCAGAACCAUUCAACUGUAAUUGGGAAGAUAUGGUUAACCAUGUUGCUUAUUUUCCGAAUACUUUUGGUCACAUUGGUGGGAGAUGCAGUGUACAGUGAUGAGCAGUCCAAAUUCACCUGCAACACUUUACAGCCUGGCUGCAACAACGUGUGCUAUGACGCAUUUGCCCCCGUAUCCCACCUGCGUUUCUGGGUCUUCCAGAUUGUCCUGGUCUCCACACCAUCCAUCUUCUACAUUGUGUAUGUCUUGCAUAAGAUCGCAAAAGAUGAGAAAAUGGAGAUGGAGAAGGCACAAGUUCGUGAGUUGCUUAAUCAUCCCUCUCUUGUGGUGGAGCCCCAUGGGAGUGAGAGCUUCAGCCCUCAUUCUACCUGUGAGACUGAAUGGAGCUGUGUAGAACAGACUCUGACUGGAGAUGAAAUUAAGAAGGUCAAUAAAGAUCCCACAAAGUUGCCCAGUACAGUUUUGUUAAUAUACAUCAUCCAUGUAGUGUUAAGGUCGCUGAUGGAAAUUGUUUUUUUAAUAGGCCAGUAUUAUCUGUUUGGGUUUGCAGUGCCCCACUUGUUCCGAUGUGAGACCUAUCCCUGCCCCACCACUACUGACUGCUUUGUUUCUAGAGCCACUGAGAAAACCAUUUUCCUCAACUUCAUGUUUGCUGUUAGUUUGGGUUGCUUCAUUCUCAAUGUAGCAGAGUUACACUACCUGGGAUGGAUUUAUAUUUUCCAAAUGCUCUGUUCGGCCUGCUCGAAGUGCUUCAAAAAUGAGCAAGUAGAUCAUUACUCACAGGAGAAUCCACUUCUUCAACAGGUCAGAGAAACUCUCCUGGAAAAGCUAGACCUGAAGACCUCUUGUGGCCUAUCUCCAGAGAAGCCUAUCUAUGCACUCUCACUGCCUACCACCAUCUCCUUUGAGAGUGAUUCCACAGCCGAGUGUACCACCAAGAAGAGUCCAGAUGAAAAGGAACGGGACAAAUCAAAGCUUGUGAAUGUGGCCAAGAAAAUCAGAAAAUCCUGGCUGUAA